GAACAGAACACUGUGUUGAAAACUUAAAAGAUUUGCCACAUUUUGUGUCUUGUGAUUUUUAGUGUGUGAUUAUUUGGAAUAUUCAUUAAAAACAAGCAGAAUGGCUAGCACAGUAUUAACUGCAAAACCAUUUCAGUUAAUUCAAUUUAUUCAAGUGGGUAGACAGCCGAAAAAAAGGUCCGUGGACAUCACCCUAUUUAAAUGGAUGAGAUACGAUAAAGUUAAGAAAAGACUUGUUUCAAAAUUUAUGCCUGAACCAUACACUGAUGAAACAAAGAAUGUACUCUAUGACAUGAUUCGGAAGCAACAAAAAGCACCACUGAAUUGGCCAGAGUACUGCAUAAAAAUCCUUGGACAUGCAGAUUCUUACGAACAAUCAGUGGAUCGUCUAAAUAUUCUGCGCAUGGAAGAAUAUGCGUUCACGACCGACGCAGAAAUAGACAACAUUUCAAAAAAAGAACAAAUUGAACAAUUAGUUAAAGAUUAUAAUCCAUAUGAUGAUAAUCUAAAUAAUAUUCUCAAGGCACCCUCUUUAAAUGAGAUGGUAUUAGAAAGGAAUGAGAACAAAGUGUCUGAUCCUCUUGCAGUAGCAGAUGAGCAAGAAGAUGGCUUUUUAGAUGACAUCUCUAAUACACCUUCCCGAAUGCAGAUAAACAAAUUUAAAAGAAAAAUGUCCUUUUCUGCUACAAUUGAUGAUGAGAACGAAAAUAAUACUGUACCGACAUUUCCAAAAAAAAGAAGACAUGAUCUUUCUUCGGUUUUAAAAAAAAAAGGAAACCAUUAUGUAGGUAGCAGUGAAGAGGAGGAUAUACAACCUCGAAAAAUAGUAAAAACAUUAAAUAAUAAUAAUAAUAUAAAAAAAAAGCAAAUGAGAUUAAAUUCCAAACUUGCUUAUCUAAAUGAUGGUAAAUCUAAUAAAAGACCACUUUCGAUAGAUGAAACUUAAAUACAGAAUACAAUUAACAAUGCAGUUCUAGAAAAAAUGAAUAUGCUCAUAGGAAUGGUUGUUGAUCUUAAAAAUGAAGUUAGUUUUCUGAGGGCUACAAUGGAAGCUGAAAAAAGUUCAAAAUAUACAAAAGAAGGAACAUUUGAAGCAGAUUUUGAUAUUCAGUUUCCACUACAGGACUUGGAUGAUUUACUCGAAAUUGAUUCUAAGCUCUCAAGCGAAGAAUGCUGUCAACGCUUUAAGGGAACUUUGGACUUUCAUUUAAAUUCUAACGCAGAACAUCGCAGAACGCUGGGAACAUUAACAAGAAAAUUUCUUAGCAGAAGUUUAAUAUCAAGUCUUACUGUAGCUAAAAAAGUUCCAGGAAAAGAACUAUUUAAAGACUUCAAAUUUUGCAAAUAUUUAGUAGAAGUAGCUGCUCAGAAAUUAAAAAUAACAGAAGAUCAAGUAAUGGUGCACCUUUCUGCAAUUUUUAGCUAUGCGAAAGAUAGUAGAAAGAGGAUAGUAAUUGUAAAAGUUUAGUGCAUUUAAGAAUUUAAUUAUGUCUCCAAUUGAUGUAUUAACUGAUGAGCAAUUCCAUGUGAAAUGAAGUAGUAAAAAUUUUAAUUUUCUAAGAAUAUGGCUUAAA